GAACUCGUAAGUUUGAGAAGCAUUGGAUAUAAUGACAGGAGUCAUAACCCCACUUUUCACCGAUUCGCCAGUUGUUUGAUACUGCAUUAUGCUGAAUUUAUCCAUUUGUUCAUGAGAAUUGUUGUUCAUGGAUGCGAGGAAGUUGAUGCGGGCCUCAACGAACACAGUUCGGUGAUUGUUACUGAUAGUUUAUAAAAAUGUCGGCGAUUAUCGACGAUAAGGUCGUCGCUGGAGCGAAGAGUUCCAGUGAAGUCAAGGAAGAUCCUAUCGUCGCUCUCACCGAGAAAGUCGAGUUGCUAUACCACUUUCGUGAUCACUAUUUCGAGAAUCACUCGAUUGAAGAUGCUAUUAAUAAAAACAAUGACAUUGAGCGAGAGAUGAAAGAGACACUAGGUAGAUUCGAUGAGUUCAAGGGUUACGAAAUCGAUGGCUGCAGGGCGAAAUACUAUUAUCUCAAGGGAAAAGCCUUCAAUGUUGUCGAUAGAUUCGUCCCUCAAGCUGAAGAGUUACUCAGCAAAGCUGUUAAGCUGGAACCCAAGUUGAUUGAUGCAUGGAACGAGCUUGGAGAAUGUUAUUGGAAAAAUGACGAUAUUAAACAGGCGAAGAAUUGCUUCGUGGGAGCAUUGCCUCAUGGAAGGAACAAAACAUCUUUGAGAAAUUUAUCAAUGGUGUUGAGGCAGGAGUCGACUAACGACCAGAAGCAGAAAAUUGAAAAUAUCAAGUUGGGGGUGGAGUAUGCAAAGGAAGCUGUUGGUAUGGAUACAAAUGAUGGCACAUCCUGGACAAUCCUUGGGAAUGCAUAUUUGGCUUCUUUCUUCACUAUUGCCCAAAAUCCUGCGACUCUCAGGCUUUGUAUGUCUGCCUAUGCCCAAGCAGAGAAAGAUGUCGUGGCCAAAAGCAAACCGUAUCUAUUUUUCAACAAAGCUACGGCAUUGAAGUACCAGGAGGAAUAUAAAUUAGCACUAGAGGCAUUCAAGCGUGCAAUGUUGCUCGAUCCCACCUGGGAAGUGCCAAGAACAAAAUUUGAUGAAUUACUCAAGUACCUUAAGGAUGUACAAAAUUUAAUCAACAGCAAAGGAAGAUUAAAGCCUAAAAGACUGUAUCAAAUGAUUCAGGCCUUGGAUAAAAAACAUCUGGGCCCAUACAAAGAGGGUUCAUACACCUCUGGAAAUAAAUCAAUAAAACUGGAAUUGAUCCCUCUAAAAGACUUGAACCCCGGUAUUAAUAUUGAGAAAGUGGUUUUUGGAAAAGUCGUGUGCUGGAUACAAGAUUCAGACGCUGUACCAUUCUCUUUUUGCAUGGUCGACGAAGAAAAAACGUGCAUGGUGGUGACUGUUUAUAAUUUGGCUGAGGGUCGGGGUGUGACAGUCGGAGACUCAGUUGCAAUUCCAGAGCCAUUUCUGACCCAUCAACAAUUUUCCUUCUCUGUAAAUGAAUUUGAUUUCAAGUCCAUACGCGUUGAAACACCCGUCUUACUGGUCGUAAAUGGUAGAAAGUUGGGUAGAGAUCAGCAGGCAGGCGCUAAACUUUCGAGCUACAAGAGACCCGACUGAACUCGUAAGUCAAAAGUGCAUCAACAAUUUUAAUCUCCUCCAUUUCCAUCGGGGAAUAUUCCAAAAAAUUGCUAAUUCGUCUGUUGAAACUACGAAAAAUGAAGGAGUUAAUCAGGGUAAUCCUGACGACCGCCAUUGCCUAAAUAUUUCGUUUCUCUGGUCGAUUGUAAGAAAAAUCUAUAAUUACUAAAAGGCAGUUCGUCUCAAGGACUCUGAAAAGUGAUUGCGACCAGUUCAUGAAUAAGAUGAAUUGAAUUGAAUUCUCAUCAGAUCUAAUUUCCCCUUGACAUUUUGAAACUUGCGGGAAAUCGACAAAUUAAUAUCCUCAAAUCUCAAAUGAAAUAAAAUUAAUUCAUCUUGUUCUAGCUUUUCACUGUCGAAUUCCGGCAGAUGACAUUCUAGUUAAUAACGUUGAGCAAUGGAAUAAUAAAAUUACUCUUUCGAAAUUCGUGGAUCGAAGCAAUGAAAUUAUUCAAUUACGCCCCACGGAAAAGAUGGCAAUCAACUGACGAGUUAGGCUUGAAAAAAUAAAGGAUUAUUCGUCUGUUAGAAGGAGCGAAAGACAUGACUUAUUUAUCAACAAAAAUAAUUGAAUCAAAAAAUAGGAGAAUUAAUUAACGAGUGAAAUGUGAAAAUGUCAAAAAUCGAUUCGAGAAUGCAAUAACACGCACAAUUCACUCGAUAAAAAUUCAACAGAAUAAGUAACGCUUGUGAUAUGAAUAAUAACAAAUAAAACGUUUGUAUAAAAUGUUUUCCUAUUAACGAUUAUAUAAUAAAUACUUAUUUAUAACAA